CGGGCUGGAUCCCCCCGCCCUGCCGCCAUCCCGCUGGUGAACCCCACCUGUGCCGCAUUCCUGCCCGGGUUUACCCAGUUUUAGCAUCACAGGCCCCCAGGUGCCGGGUUACCCAAGCCAAGGCCCCGCUCCCACCCCUCCAGGUCGGACCUCUGCCAACAUGGUCCAACCCCAGACGUCAAAAGCGGAGACCCCCGCCCCUGCAGCCGCUACCGGUGCCCAGAUGGAUGACGUCAUCGACACCCUGACCUCCCUGCGCCUCACCAACUCGGCGCUUAGGCGGGAGGCCUCCACCCUGCGGGCCGAGAAGGCGAACCUCACCAACAUGCUGGAGAGCGUGAUGGCGGAGCUGACCCUGCUGCGCACCAGGGCUCGGAUCCCGGGGGCGCUGCAGAUCACCCCGCCCAUCUCGGCCAUGACCUCCAACGGCACCCGACCCAUGACCACGCCGCCCACCUCUCUGCCCGAGCCUUUCUCCGGAGACCCGGGCCAGCUCGCGGGGUUCCUGAUGCAGAUGGACAGGUUCAUGAUCUUCCAGGCCUCGCGCUUCCCCGGCGAAGCCGAGCGGGUGGCGUUCCUGGUGUCGCGGCUGACGGGGGAGGCGGAGAAGUGGGCCAUCCCGCACAUGCAGCCCGACAGCCCCCUGCGAAACAACUACCAGGGCUUCCUGGCAGAGCUGCGGAGAACCUACAAGUCCCCGCUGCGGCACGCGCGGCGCGCGCAGAUCAGGAAGACUUCCGCCUCCCAUCGCGCGGUGCGGGAGCGGCAGGGGCUGUGCCGCCAGCUGGCCGCUGCGGGCACGGCCCCCUGCCCCGUGCACCCGGCCUCCAAUGGGACUAGUCCAACGCCGGCCCUGCCCACCCGCUCUCGGAACCUUUAAGAGCCGCCACCGGCCUGGUUGCAUUGGCAAAUGCACUAGGUAGCCGGGCCCUUGGCUGCGCAGAAGUGUCCCUACAGCAGUGUCGUUCUUGUCGGAGACUCCCUGCCUGCCUCUCCAGACCUGUCCCUCUUCAGCCCCUUGGGCCCUGGCACCCCUCCCUUCCUAGUAUGUGUGCUAGCGUGUCCCCAGCCUCGGUGCAUGCUUCCCCUCAUGCUUGCGACGCCAGCUCCUCCAUGACCACAGCUCAGCUACCUGUCACAGGGCCUCCACUUCGUGCUCCGGCUCACCAACCCCUCCCAGCCUGAGUGCACCGAUACUCCCGCUCCGGCCUCUGCAGACCCCACAGCCGCUCCCCACCUGGCGGCCGGUUCUCACUGACGGAAGGCACUGUGGCCAGGCUGGUGGGCACCUGGACAGGGGAGUCUGGCCUCCCACCAUGAGUGGCCGCAGGCCUGCCAGGGCCCGUGUAGCAGGCAGGGCUGUCCUUGGUGGCCGAGUGGUCCCUGCUGGGAGUGUGGUUCUGGCACUUCUGGGGGCACGCUUCACUUUGCACUAGAAUCGCCGUCUGUAUGCCCCCUUGUUGCCACUGGGACGGACCGGAAAUGCAGGUGGAGGAGGAACCUGGAGGAUGCCCCUCCACGAAUGCCUGGCUCGGCUGCCCGAGUUCCCGUGGCACCCGGUUCCCGGGGCCUGGAAGCUGCCGGCGGAAGAAGGAGAGUGGCUUGGACUGCUGGGCAGCUCCGUCAGCUGUCGCGCGCAGCACAUCGUGCCUAGACCCCUGCAGGCUGAGGCUGGGCGCCGGGGGCUCAUUCUGCCGCCCUGGACCUCUGGUGGGAAUCGCCACAGCUGCUAGCGCAGUCCCCCCUCCUCUGUCCCAUGUCACUUGUUCCCUUCACUCAGGUGACAAGUGGCCUUCAGCUCCGCCCCUCAGCUCACAGCAUCUCCAGGUCUUCAGAGCCUCCCCAGGCCGGAGCUGUCCAUCAGCUGUCCAGUCUUCGUCCAAGAAAACGGGCUCCUAGCUGGACCUCCUUCCUCGGGUGCAUCUGGCAGGGGCCCUUGGCCCUGGUGACCCGGGCAGGGCCUUGGGGGACACCCCGUCCUCACUGACGGGCAGGCUGGCACUCAUGUCGCAGUCCUGAGGGACAGCUGUGCCUCAGCGGGGGACGGCCUCGCGCUUCCUCACGGGGCGCCCAGAAAUCACUUGCCAAAUGGCCCUCGCCCAGGUCCUUUGGGUGGUGAUGCUCCACCAUGUUUGGAUGCAGAUGAACUACAUUGACAUUCGCACGGCCACCUGGACCGUGGGGGGCCAUGGGGCGUCUUACCCUGGCUUCCUCUGCCCCUGCUCUGGCCUGGCUGCAGAACAGCCUCUGCACCCACCCAGAGACAGGUCUUGGGACACCCAGGCCGGGCCCUGGGCCCCCCGUACUUCCUCCGAGUUUUGGUGACGCCGGGAAAAGUGACCGCUCCUGACGCAGCCACUGCCGUGCCAGGCCAGGGCAUUCAGUGGCUGCUGAUGUUCGUGGUCAUGGCCUCCACUCACCGUAAACUCCGUUAGCCCGUUGCCCUGCUAAACAACUGCCUGCAUACAGGCCACAGGCCCCUGAGUCCGACCGCACGGCUCAGGGGAUCAUGGUGCUCUUAAGCAUGAUGGGGGGCCGCAGUGGAGCCCCGAUUCCGGGGGUGGCACCUCUGAGGUGUGCCUGUCACUUUCUCAGUGCUCAGCUUUCUCCUGCCUGUCUGCCAGGUAGAGGCGGCCCCCGAUGAGGGGGUACAGUGGCACCUGGGAAAAGGAAGCCCGCAGGGGUAACACACCUUGAAGGUUCCUGUGUGCCCGGCCCAGCCGGGGUAGGAGACGCAGCAGGGGAGCAGGGCGGGAACGCUGCUCUCUCAGCAACCCCGGGUCUGCCCGAGUGGUUUGUAGAAACCCUGUUGGCAUGCUGUGCAAGUGCUGUCAGUCAUACUGCUCACAGCAGGACGGGCCGUGGGCAGGGCCGCCACGCGGGCCGCCCCCAGCCAUCACCGGGCCCUUUGUAUGUGGGGUGUGCCCCACCCAGGCAGCUGCCAGGCCUCACUGGUUCCAUUGCGUUGGGUCUCGGUGCUUGGGCCCGGUGCUGCCGCACCUCCGUGGCCCGGGCUGCUUCCUGCAGCUGUGGGAACGAGCAGGUGAGGGAGCUGGGGUCGCGCCCCCCCCCCCCCCCCCGCCCCCGGACUCAGAAGCAACCACACUGGGAGCCCACUGGCUCUAGGAGACACCCAGGCCCCAGCAAGAGAGGAGGGGACCCGCGCUCCAGGGGCCCAGGGCUGGGCCGCCCGCCGGCAGGCAGGUCACAGGCAGGUCACGUUGGAAGAAGUGGGGGGAAAGCUGCUUUGGACAUGCUGUGGGUCAGACUUUCUCCAAAUGGAAGGGAGCUGCACUGAUUUGUUAAAGGGCCAGGCAGCUGGUGUUAGCCUGUGAGGGGCAGUGUUUUUCACGGUGACUGCUCUCUGGUCUCCGCGAGCCCCUAGUAAGUGAGCUUCGUUUCCUGCCAGCUUCCUCUAGACGGGACUCAGAUGAGGGUGGCCUCCUGGCCUCAGACAUGGUGUGACCUGGGGAGUAACAGAGUCCUGCAGCGUUUCAGUGGCCUCCGGGACAGGCAGGGACCCGCCUUGUGGUGCCAGGUGAGCACAGAGGAGGGAGCCGCGAGGAGGAGUGCAGGUAAGGCUCCUGGUGCACACGAUCACCGGGGGACCAGGACCCUGACAGCCCAUGGAGAGCACUGCAGGGAGGGUGGGCGUGUACCUGGGCGCAGGCCCUGGGAUUGUAUGAGGGACGCGUGCUGGGGCCACCGGCCGUGAGCGGAGCUUAGAGGGGGAGAGCUCCUCACAGGGGCCCCUCCACCCGCAGCCGCGGCUCUGAGACCGUGGCUUCUGCGUGGGAAGCGCCAGCUCAGAAGCUUAGCGAUGGCGACGGGAGGCGGGGCCUGGCUCCGGGAAGGGAGGUAGGGCAGGCCCGGGAGGUGGGAGGAGGCUGGGGUCAGGGCAGGCCCAUCCACCGAACAGCUGCCGUCUCCCGUGUCCCUCAGGUCCCAACACCCGCGUGGUGGCGGUUGGCACGGCGCAGGCGCAGUAGGGACGGGAGGACCCAGCUCCUCACUUUCAGUCGCCAACUCCUCUCCACAAGCAAGUGACCUGCCAGGUCUUCUCAGCAAGCGCACAUCCUGGGGAUGGGAAACUAGGGAAGAGGAAAGAGGAAAGUGAAAUUGGGCCAUUUUGGCAUUUGUCCUCCCCGCUCCCUCCCCCGUUAGCACCACCUUCGCUUUGAACUGGCGGGGCCACUCCGUCGGGGGAGGGGCAGUGGGGCCAGCGGUGGCCACGCUGUCACUCAUUUCUCACUCUCAGAAGUGGGGGAGCCUCUUCCCCAGUGUCACGUGACUUCCUGAGGAGAGCCGGGGGCGGGGGGGGGGGGACUAGAAUGACGGGAGGAACACCGUUGGCAGAGCGGCUUCCAGCAGUGUCCCCUUGGCGCUGCCACCAGCCAGGAGGGUGUGCCCAUCCUGCCGACGGCUGAGUCACUGCUGACUCGAUGACGAGAUGGCCUGGGUUCAGUUUGCAUCUCUGGUGUGUGGCAGCCGGACAUCUUCCCAUCCGGCAGGUGUGUCUCCUCUUGUGGGUUGUGGGUGUCGAUCGCGCUCACGUACUGGGUCUGGUGCAUCUGUAUGAGCUCGUUGUACAUUAAAGACAUUAACCUGUCGUGUGUCACACGUG